AUGGAAGCAAAAUUCCAUAGCCUGAUAUGCAGCCCUCAGAAAGCUCCUCUUAUGCUUCAAGGAUCAGUUUAUCCUGAAAUAUGUUACAGAGGAGAAAUGGAAAGAUUCUUUGAAAAACGGCGGAGGCCCGGGCCGUGGCCUCCCGCCGCAUCCCCGCACCUCCCCCGCCCCCCGGCUGCGUUCGGGCUCCCCCCGCCGCGCCGGGCACGGAGGUCGCGCGCUUGCGUGUUGCGGCCAGAGCGCCCGACCCGGAGACCGGCCCCAGAAAACGCCGAGCGAGUAGGGGGCGGCGCGCAGGAAGGGAGGAGGACCAGGGGCGUGCGGGGUUGGUGGGCGUUCGCGGGUGGAGACUUAGAAGAUGUGACGCCGCGGCCCUGCUGCUGGCAGACCAGCGAACGCUGUGCCCGCGGUUGCAAAAGGAUCCCCAGCGCUGCAGCUUCGGGAGGCGGCCCUCCCGAGAGCGGCGGCCGCGAGACACCCAGCCCUCACCCCCAGCUCCCGGGUCGCUCGGCUCCCCGCGCUCUAGGGCCGGCGGAGAGGGAAGCGCGGAACAGCUUGAGGCUGGGGGCCCGCGGGCGCGGCCGCGUGACGCGGGGAGGGAGGCUGGGGGGCCGGGGCCGGGGCCGCGCCCCGGAGCGCGUCCGAGGCCGGGGCCGGGGCGCGGCGACUCCCCGCGCGGCUCCAGGGACUCGGGGACCCCGGCCGGGCGCUGGCAGGGCCAUGGCAGCCGGGAGCAUCACCACGCUGCCCGCCCUGCCGGAGGACGGCGGCAGCGGUGCCUUCCCGCCCGGCCACUUCAAGGACCCCAAGCGGCUGUACUGCAAAAACGGGGGCUUCUUCCUGCGCAUCCACCCCGACGGCCGAGUGGACGGGGUCCGCGAGAAGAGCGACCCUCACGUCAAACUACAACUUCAAGCAGAAGAGAGAGGGGUUGUGUCUAUCAAAGGAGUGUGUGCGAACCGUUACCUUGCUAUGAAGGAAGAUGGAAGAUUACUGGCUUCUAAAUGUGUUACAGAUGAGUGCUUCUUUUUUGAACGAUUGGAAUCUAAUAACUACAAUACUUACCGGUCAAGGAAAUACUCCAGUUGGUAUGUGGCACUGAAACGAACUGGGCAGUAUAAACUUGGACCCAAAACAGGACCUGGGCAGAAAGCUAUACUUUUUCUUCCAAUGUCUGCUAAGAGCUGAUCUUAAUGGCAGCAUCUGAUCUCAUUUCAUAUACCUCAUGAAAGAAGAGGUAUAUUUUAGAAAUUUGUUGAUGAAAGAAAAAGAAAAAUGUAUACAGCUAUCUGCUCAGUUUAGGUAACUGGUCAGACAGCCUUUUAUCUAACAGUAAAAUAUUUAACCAUUGCCUUAGUUAAAACAACAACAAAAACAAAAAUUCCUGGAAAAUGCAUAGACUUCCACUUUUUAGUGGAUAGGCAUUUGCCUUUAUCCAGUGAAGCUUACUUACAGCUACAAUCUUUUUCAUACAUUUGCUUCAUUUGAAAAGAGGCUUUUAAAAUGUGCAUACGUACAAACAAGUUUUCUUCACGGCAAUCAUAGACAUUAGAAAAUUUAAGUCAGAUAUUUAGUUAACCCAAAUGUCCACUACUUCUUAUAAUAUGGCACACAUUAAUCUACAGGUACAAUUUAUUUAAACAUUUUAAAACCAUGUAAAUAUAAAUUUAAUCCAUGCCUGUCAUAGUUUUAUAACUGUCUGGCAGUUCCUUGUGAUAGAUUUUAUAGAACAAGCCUGUGUAAACUGCUGGAAGUUCUUCCAUGGUCAGAUCAAUCUUGUCAAACCCUUCUCUGUAUCCAUAGAGCAGCAGCCUAGCGACUCUGCUGGUGAUCGGAGUUGUAUUUUCAGUCUUGACUAGGUCACUGAGAUCCAUCCACUCACACCUUAAGCAUUCACGCUGGCAAAAAUUUAUGGUGAAUGAAUAUGGCUUUAGGCGGCAGAUAAUAUACAUAUCUGACUUUCCAAAAGCUCCAGGAUGGGUGUGCUGUUGCCGAAUACUCAGGAGGGACCUGAAUUCUGACUUUAUACCAGUCUCUUCAAAAACUUCUCGAACUGCUGUAUCUCCUACAUAGAAGAAAAUGUACAAAUCAAUAAGGAUCACAUUUUUAGGAAUUUAAUCAUCAAAGAUUUUCAAGAAGCAUUUUCUAAACGCUCAAAAAGCACAACUUUACCCUAAGAAGAUAAAGUUUUCAAUGUAAACUCUUUGCCUUCUGGACAUCCUGAAGUACCGAAGUAUUUUCUUACCAAUGUAUACCUAAGAAGCUUUUGAAAUAUUGAAUAUUUCUUUGGCUGCUACUUGCAGGCUUAUUACCCACUUAUAUAUAUAUUUUGGGAGUCACAUUUUAAAAAAUUCUUCCUGCUUUAUUUCCCCAAAGGUGAAAACAUAGGUUGCAAAGCUGCAGAUACUAUUCCUAUGUAUUUUUUUCAUUAUUAUCCUCUUCCUGAUUACCCAUUAAAACUGCCUAAAUUUAUAAACAUCAGAAUUGAGAAAAAGUGAUCCAUUCUUCUUUAUAAAAGUCUGGAGAGCUACAGAAUGUACUGAACUAUGAAAUGAUUCAACUCUCCCCUGGUCUCUCCUGGGACUGUCAAGCCUCUGAAAGUCAUAGAGCAGACUCCUUUAUAACCAUUUUGUUAUGCUCUUGUAGUUAUCCUGUGAGUGGAAUCCCACCAUGGUUAAUUUUUGGCAUUUUCUUUGUUUCUUGCAAUUUCAAAGAACUUGGAUUCAUUCCUCCAACAGUAAAAUGCUACAGUCAUUUCAUCAGAAGUUUUCAAAAAACUUGCAAUUUACAGAAUUUUAUAAUACAACUAGGGUUUUCACAUUUUAUAAGGUUGAUUUUUCAAUAAUAUGCAAAUUUCUGGGACAGGAUUUUUAUUGCCAAUAACUUAUUUUUGUGGCUGCUUUUUCUAAAUAUCCAGAUGAACCUCCUACAUGGGAUUUCUCUAAUUUUGUGAUGCUCUGUCAUUGUCUCCCUAAGUGUUUUACGAGAAGCCCCUAAAAAAGCUGCCUUCCUUGCCUAUUUGCUGGGAAGCUUCACAAUAGCCACAGGUACAAAUUUUUGUUCAACUACCCUUUAAUGCCUCCAUUUUCUUGUUUGUCAAAUUGUCAAUUAUAUUUGUCUUCUUAGUAGUCCUACUAGUGAGGAAUAGGCAAGGAAGAGCAAGUCCUUGAAAGAAAAAAAAAUGUCUCAAUGUUUUUUCUGAUAAACAGCUCUGGAAAUAUGCACAGGAAAAGUGUUUAAUAUAUGAGACAUUUGUCUGCCAUACUUGAAUUAUAUGUGGACUUCCCUUAUAAUUGAGAUUUGCCUUAGGUCAAACAUGGUUAGAAAUUAUAUUUUUAAACUGAAAACAUAAAAGAAGAAUUCAUGUUAAGAAAAGGAAAACUUGCCUUAAUAAGAAAGAUAAUUUUUAGUAUACAUGUUUGUUAUUAAAUUUGUUAAAGAUUGUGGCAGUAGUCUUAAAUUUCACAUGUCACUUGCUGAUCUGACUUAAAAAUUGUUUAAAUGUUUAUUUUUAUUCUUUAAACACUUUGAAAAAUGACCAUGGGGGUCUUGUUUAGCUGUUAGCAACACUAAUCAAGAGUUUGGCAUUUAGUUCCUGAGUCUGGCCUGUUGGUGUGUUAUGGAAGCACAGGACGGGGCUGAUGAACGAAAUCUGCCCUGCUCAGCAGUCACCACAGCAGUUGAUUCAAAAUUGGCGCUGCCUGGGUACUUUGAUCCAUUUAAUUUGAAUCCAUGAUAUUGACUAGACUAAAAACUGAAUGGGCAAAUAAGCGCUUUUGUAUCUAGAAGAACCCCUUCCAUCUUAAGAUUGAAAUCUCUUCUCCAAAGAUUUUACCAUGAAUUUAAAGAUUUUCUAUCUAGAUAAAGUGCUUUAUUCUCGUGUACCUUUAUUAUUUUAAUGUACUGUAAGCUAAAUUGAAAUAACUGUUUUAUAGGUUUGAAGAACAUAGGAAAAACCAAGAGGGUUUUGUUUUUAUUUUUGCUGGUUGAAAGAUAUGUUUAAAAACAUCAGUGUUUUGUUUCGUUAAAGGACAAUAAUGAAAUGGAAUUUAUAUUAUUUCUAUUUUCUAAUAUUUAAUAGGAUUAGAUUGAAAUAAAAUAAAAGGAAAAACUGUGCAGAAUAUGGGUUUUCCUGGUGUUUCCCUCUGACUCUGGUACACUGAUGAACUCUGAUCAGACCCCCACUGCUUUAAAGACCUUUGGCUAUGCAGGAAUGCUCUUCCUGUCAGUGGUAAUGAGAUUUUUUUUUCAGGAAGGCAGCUUCUCCAUUUUUAACCUUGUACAUGCAUUGUACUCUUAGGGUAUUAUAUUACGUGAAAACCUAAGGAUUGCAUUCUAUUUUGUAUAUGCCCCCUUAAUUUUUUUUUUAAGCACUACAGACAAUAGUGCUUCAUUUACCUAGUAGUAUCAAAGAAUGAAUGAUUCCAAACAAAUGUGCUUCUCAGUUAACUACUGUUUACUGCUUAAGAGCCAAUAUGAAUGUUUGCACAUUUGUGAUGGCAGUAUACCUAAAGUAUAUUACACACUUUCCUAAAAACAGAGCUUAAAGAAAAUAAUUUAAAUAAUUCCUGGAUGAUUUGGCUUCAUCAUUAAGAAUAAUCUAUUAUUGUACUGUUACAAAAUAGAAAUGCCCUCUAUACACAGUCUUCCAGAUCUCUACUGUCAGUUAUCAUUUCUAGCUGCUUUCAGGGUUUUAUCAGUUCUGAGGCAAAGCUUCAAUUUAUACUACUCCUAGGUAGUGUGGUGAAUGCCAAUUGCUGCUUUUUUCUUACUUCCACAUGGUGAGGUGUAUAUGAUCUCUGAAUAGGUGGGUUGUUGUGACAACCACAAACACACAAAAAAAGUAGUGAAUUCCUAAUAAUAUGGACUUGAAGUGUUCUGGAGUACACUCAAACCUCCAAUUAUACACAUUUGGCUUGGAAAUGUGUUUCUUCAUUUACAUUUAAAUAUAUCUGAAACUCAGACUAUCCAUAAAAACUCAAAUGAGGAAAGUCAAUUCAUUUGAGGAGGCAAGACUCAGAAGAGGAAGCUACACAAACCUUCUCCUGUAGACUGCUGUUUGCCCAGUAUCAAUUGGAUAAGGAUGUAAAACAUAAACUUAACUAGUUCACAUGAUCUCAUAUCACAUAAGGAUAGUGUGAGAUAAUCAGGAGUUCUAGAAUAAAUGCCCUUCUCUUUCAACACUUGCACCACUACAAAAUCCUUUUUAUUUCAACGGAAGGCCUAGCAAACUCUAAGCAAAAGGUCAGUAAGUACCUAAAAAACAAAAUUUGCUAUGGAUAUAUCUGAAUGUAGUGAAUUUACUUGUAGGAUAUUAGGAGUUGAUUCUAUACUAUGUAUAGGGCAUUUCUAAUUUGUGGAACAUUAAAAAAAAUCAUUUCAAGUAUAUAUAUAUUUAAAAUACUGAAAAAUAAUUUAGGACAUUGCCUUCAUAUAAAUGAUGGCUAAAGAGACUAGGGGACAUACAUAUUGAGGAAAAGUCACAGACAAAUAAUACUGAUAUGAAAUCAGUUGAUUUAUUAUGAUAGGGACUGCACUUGACCCAAUGGUUUAAGGAAUAGGUAGGAAAACUCAGUUUCUAUUCUUUUCUUCCUGUAAAAUCCUGACAUAAUGAGCUCAGUAAAUUGUUUUAGGAAGUUAUCUCUCAUUUCAGACUUUCUCAUAUGAGACAUUUUACUAUGUUUUGGCUUUCUGACUCUCCAAAAUAAACAGUAGAUAAAAUUUUCAUAAACAGAAGAAUUAUGUCACCACUGUUCUAUAAUUCACUUUAUAAAUAAUUCUUAUUUCACAAUUCAUUUAAAAGUUACUCUUCAUCCUUGUGUGAUAGAAUGCUCAAGAAUUUGUUUUAUCAUAGUUUAAUUCCGACAAUUUUAGUUAUAUUCAAAAUAACCCUUAAUGCUAAACUUGACUGAUGUACAUCCAAAGCUUCUCAUUUUCAAGCAAAUUAAUCUAGAAGCAGUCCUAAGCAGAAAAAUAGGUGUUAUGCUCCUAAUGGUAUUAUUUAUACAAUGAAAUAAGUUGUAAUAUUAGAAGUUUUGCUGCUAAUUUUAUAUCAUCCCUGAAGUAACUUCACUGAAAUUUUCUGACUUAGUCUAAACCAAUUAGAAAAGUUAAAAUCUUAUUCUCAGCUCUAGAGCAAGAAAGUAAACAUAUGAAUUUCCUCAACAUUUUCAAGUCAAUUAAAGAUAUGUAAAAUACACACCAAUAUCUUCUCCAGGCUCUGACAGGCCUCCUGGAAACUUCCACAUAUUUUUCAACUGCAGUAUAAAAUCAGAAAAUAAAGUUAACAUACCUUUUAUUCACUAACAUACACAAACACAGAUGCCACAAAAUUUACUCAUAAUUGGUCAAGGUGGUUGAGAAUUUAAUUUUUGGUAAUUACACGCAAAUUUUUUUCAGCUUCCUUCCUCACGCCUCCCUUCUUUUUAGGGGAAACUGGUGACUUGUGAAACCUUUUCCCACCUUUUUCUUCAGGAACUAGAAGUGGUUUUGUUUGGUUAAUGUGAUAAAUUCUGUAUGAGUGAAACAGUGGUGGGGGAAACAUCUACUGAAUUUGUGUAGUUAAAAAAAAUUUGCUGCUAGUUUAUUAAAAAAUAGAGGAAUCUUACUGAUGCUGCUAUAAAUAAGUAGAAAAUACAGUAUAAAUUUAAUCACUAAAGUAUGCUACUUUUAAUUUUCACAUUUACUUUCUGUAUUAUGUCUAAUCAGAUAUGUUAAUCUUAAGAUUUCUCUU